GUCAGCAGUACGCGCCCCCGUGCAGCCUUCUGCCCGGCGUGCGCGCCCGGGGGCUUGCUCCCGUAUCCUCUCCUCAGGCUCCUCAUAACCGUUGGACUCCCGGCCAGAGGCAGCGCUCGGCAGACUCGCGACAAUGUCGAUGCUGGCGGAGCGUCGGCGGAAGCAGAAAUGGACUCUGGAUCCCAGAAACACUGCAUGGAGUAAUGAUGAUUCCAAAUUUGGCCAGAGGAUGCUUGAGAAGAUGGGGUGGUCUAAAGGAAAGGGUUUGGGGGCUCAGGAACAAGGAGCCACAGAACAUAUUAGAGUUAAAGUUAAAAAUAACAACCUGGGACUUGGAGCUACAAACAAUAAUGAAGACAACUGGAUUGCUCACCAGGAUGACUUCAACCAGCUUUUGGCAGCACUCAACACUUGCCACAGUCAGGACACAGCAGAUUCCUCAGACAACAAGGAAAAGAAAUCUUUUAGCCUUGAAGAAAAAUCCAAAACCUCCAAAAACCGGGUUCAUUAUAUGAAAUUCACGAAAGGGAAGGAUCUUUCCUCUCGGAGCGAAACUGACCUGGACUGCAUUUUUGGAAAAAGGAAGAAGAAGAAGAUUGCUCAGGAUGACUGCAGCACCUCCACUGCAGAUGAGGUGGACACCUCCGUGACCACAACCACAACCAGUGCCUUCACCAUCCAGGAGUAUUUUGCCAAGAGGAUGGCCCAGUUAAAGAGCAAGCCACAAGCCUCGAUUCCAGGGCCUGACAUUUCAGAGACCUCUGUUGAAUGGAAAAAGGGGAAGAAAAAACCCAAAGAGGCAGCAGGCACAGAUGUGGAGAACUCUCCCCAGCCCAAGGCCAAGCGACAUAAAAAGAAAAAGCAUGCAGAAGUGGAGAUGGAGCCUGUAGGCAAGAAGAGAGACCGAACCAAGCUGCAGUCUGGAGGCCCCAGUGGGGAUGAGUGUUCCGAUGCCUCUGCCGGAGCUGCAGAAGAUUGUGUACAACCACCCGACAGCCAGGAUGAUGCCCCAAAGUCCAAGAAGAGAAAGGCAAAGAAAAAGUCGCAAAAGCCAGGAGGGGUAGCAGUAGAUUCUACACCAGACAAGGCACUUGUGAAAAAGAAAAGGAAAGCUUCCAGAUGACCUCUCACUAGCCAGGGCCUCUGA